GAACGCAAAUUUAAUUGCAUUGCUAUCAGAUAUCACCAAAAACCAAACCCACCAACCAAGCACUACUUAAAGUCUCAUCACUGACUCACCAGCAAAAAAAUGGAGAAGAAAACAACAGUGGCAGAGGUGGAGCUACCAGGUUUCAGGUUCCACCCAACAGAAGAAGAACUACUAAACUGCUACCUUAAAAGGAUAGCAAUGGGUAAUAAACUCAGUUUUGAUAUCAUUGGCUUUCUCAACAUCUACCACCACGAACCUUGGGAUUUGCCUGGAUAUGCAAAGAUAGGGGAGAGAGAGUGGUAUUUUUUUGUGCCAAGAGAUAGAAGACAUGGUCAUGGUGGGAGGCCCAACCGAACCACUCUCAAAGGCUUUUGGAAGGCUACGGGUUCGGACCGUCCGAUUCGGAGCUCCACUGACCUGAAAAAAGUUCUGGGCCUUAGGAAGACUUUGGUUUUCUACAAAGGCAGAGCACCGAGAGGGUCCAAGACUGAUUGGGUCAUGAAUGAGUAUAGACUUUCUGAUCACUGCUCCUCAAUGGAAGAUAUAGUGCUUUGCAAGAUUUACAGAAAAGCAACCUCUUUGAAAGUUUUGGAGGAAAGGGCAGCCAUGGAAGAAAAAUCAAGGACAACCCAUCCGAAUCCACCGUCUCCUCCAUCACAGGGAAACUUUUCUAGCACCAACCCACAAGAAAGCUUUGUGGCACUAACAGUGCCCCUAGAGGAGGACAUUGUUUUCAAGACAGAAGAAGAACAAGAGCAUGAGAGCAAAGUUUCCUUACCUUCUUCAUCAAUUGGAUUUGGGUCCAUGAAAGACAACUUAACAGAGCUUGAAGUGCCCAAGUUCAACAUGGAGUUCAUGACAGUGGAUCAUCCAUUGUGGAGCCAAUUGAGAAGCCCAUGGCUCGACAAUUGGAGCCCCUAUGCCAAUGCGCUCAACUUUUGAGAUGGUGUGGAAAAUGUUUUACCUUUUAGGUGAAAUGAUAUGUGAAAGUGAAAUGAUAGGCCCAUGGCAAGUGAAAAAAUAUUUUUUAUAAAUGUUUUAUU